AUGAUUCUGGGAACAUGCAAACAACAUGAUGUUCAUGACGCAGUCGCUGUGCCAUUUGUCUAUGCACUGUUGUCGUCAAAGGAAACUGUUCAGUAUACUGCUGUGCUCAGAGCAGUACAAUCUUCUUUUAACGAACUCAGGAUUGUUUGUGAACUGUCUAAGAUCAUGACUGACUUUGAAAAAGCCAUAAUCAACGCAUGUGAAGAAGUGUAUCCAAAUUCUCCUCUUAGUUGUUGUUUUUUUCAUUUCGGCCAAUCAAUUUAUCGACAAAUUCAGUCUGCUGGUUUUCAAGCCGCAUACAAUGAUCCCGACGAUCGCUCAUUGAAAGUUUACACUCAUAUAAUGCUAGCGUUGGCAUUCGUACCUUUGGCUGAAGUUCCUCGCAUUUUCUCGCUCUUGGAAAAUGAUGCGCCUGAAGAUCUAUCACCAAUUUUUGAAUAUUUUGAAAAAAAUUAUGUUCUUGGUGUAAUAGCUCGAGGAAGAAAACGAGGAAACUUACAUAAUAUUGUUUUGUAA